AUGAAAAAGAACAACGUUUCCCACGUCGUCUGGCUCCCUGACAGCGAAACCAACUUCCUCUACAACAUGAUGAUGGAGGAACCCACCAUUGACCUCGUCCCGGUGUGCCGCGAGGGCGAGACCAUGGCCGUUGCCGCCGGCCUCUGGGUGGGCGGCGCCAACCCCAUGGUGCUGAUCCAGAACACCGGCAUCUUCGAGGCCGGCGACUCCAUUCGCGGCCUGUGCCUGGACCUCAACCAGCCCCUGGAGCAAAUCCCCAUGAUUAACAACACCGACGCGGUCCGCGUCAUCGACACCAACCGCGAAGACGCCGUCAUCAUUCCCACCAUGAACGCCGGCAACGUCCGCUUCGGACUGCCCGUCGUCAGCACCAACCAGAACCUGGACCUCCCGAUCUCCGGCGCCAUGGGCAAGGCCAGCAACGUCGGCCUCGGCGUGGCCCUGGCCCAGCCUGGGCGCAAGGUCUUCGUGCUGGACGGCGACGGCAGCCUGCUGAUGAACCUUGGCUCGCUGGUCACCACCUCCACCAAGGCCCCCAAGAACUUCUACCACUUCCUUUUCAACAACGGCGUCUAUGCCGUCACCGGCGGCCAGCCCAUCCCGGGAUCCGACGGCGUCACCAACUGGGAGGAAGUCGCCCGGGGCGCCGGCUACGCUGCCGUCUUUUCCUUCGACAACCUGGAAGAUUUCACCACCGGCAUCGGCGAAGUCCUCGCGGCCGAGGGCCCGGUCUUCUGCCAACUGUCGGUGGAACCGGAGAUCGAAAACACGCCGGUGCAGUUCCGCGUCCGCGGCACCCGCAGCGCGCAGCAGGCCUACCAGGAAGUCACCGCCGCCCUCGCCGGCGACAACUAGGCGACCUGCCACUGGAGAUCCAUGUACAGGGGCGAAUGAUCAUUCGCCCCUACCGUUAAAUGCCUCCGGUCCAUCCGCUCACCCAUGCCCAAGUUUCGACCCUUCAGCAUAGUUGGCCGACUCUUUGCGUCGGCCGUGGUCGUUGCCGGCUUCUACCUGCUGUGGCUGGGCUUCGUGGAGGGCAACGCCCUGAAGGCUGUGCCCGGAGCCGUGCUCAUCCCCGCCGGCCUCUACCUGAUGGUCUCGCAACGCCGCGCUGAGAUCCGCCGCGACGCCGACCGGGACAGCGACCCAGAUCCACCACUGGAAGGCCGGGAAUGA